AUGUCCAAUUUGCUGCACGACCCCAACUUUCUAGGAUGCCCGGUAGUCAUGGAAACUUCUGCAGUUGUGAAAGAGAUCAUGGCUCUGGGCGAGGAGCAGCUCGUCGCUGGUCAAGUGAUCAAACUUCAGACGUUUCGACCCAAUGCCCCCAAGGCGCGCUCUGGAGGAAUGAAGCAAGAUCCGGAAACAUCCACCUCACCGGCACCAUCGGAUCCACAAGGAUCUUGCCCAAGGUCAUCCUCCAGCGGAAGUGGUGGCAGUGGACCUGAGAGCAAAGGAAAACAAGAGGACGCGAGUUCCGGGUCUUACGACCUCGAAGGAGAUGGCUCCAGCCAAGAGGCUCAGCAUUCCCCAUCGUGCUCACAGCCAAAGCCGGCCAUUGUCGCUAAAUUCACAUACUCGAUGUAG